GGGUGGGGCAAACGAAUGACGUAACAACGGUCGUUCUUGUCAUCAGCAUGUGGUUACUGCGAACCUCUUCCGUGUUGUUAGGCGUGUUGGGGAGCAGAGGAGUGACACGGACUAUGUGUGCGCAGGUGAGUGACUGGCAAAGUGCCAAGUCCAUCUAUGAGUUCUCCGCCAAGGAUAUUGAUGGCAAUGAUGUGUCUCUGGAAAAAUACAGAGGUUAUGUGUGCAUCAUUGUAAACGUCGCCUCCAAAUGAGGAAAGACCAGAGUAAACUAUACUCAGCUUGCGGAAAUGCACGCUUCCCUGGUUGAGAAGGGUUUACGCAUCCUCGGAUUCCCAUGUAACCAGUUUGGAGGACAGGAGCCUGGGACCGAGGCCGAGAUUAAAGAGUUUGCCAAAGGGUUCAAUGCAAACUUUGACCUCUUUAGUAAAAUUGAUGUGAAUGGAGACAACGCUCACCCUCUCUGGAAGUGGAUGAAAGCACAGCCAAAGGGAAAAGGCACCUUUGGAAAUAACAUCAAAUGGAACUUCACAAAGUUUCUUAUAAACAAAGAGGGGCAGGUGGUGAAGCGGUACGGUCCAACAGAUGAUCCCAGUGUGGUGGAGAAGGAUCUGUCUGCAUACCUGUAAUAUGACCAUCUCCUUUGUUGUAUGGUCACGUGGCUCGUCUAUAUGGACUUGAGGUUAUUGCUGUGGGGGUUUCUGGACCAAUGACGUCCUGUCUGUGAACCCAAUCAUUGGGACGGACAGGUCUGAUGACUUUGGCGUGCAGCUUCCCUCCAGACUUCCCACAACACAAACCUAUAAGACCAUAUGAAUAGAGAUUCCUUUGUGAUCUAGCACGAGAAAAGCUUUACAAACGCCAAGAGCUUUUAUAUAUCCAUUCCCUUCUAUGUUGGUUAGAGUUUAGCGUACGUGAAUUAUGCCAGCUGCCGGUAGAGGGAUAAGAUUACAUACUACACUGACUUCUCCAAACUACUGAUCAUAGCUGAACUCGACUCCGUGGAGUAUUUUAGCUAUUCAUCUAUUUUACAUCUGGCUUAUCCUCAUUGUGGUUGCAUUUCAAAUGUUCACAAUGACUUUGCUUUGCAUUUUACAUGCUAGUGAGAAUCCUGGUUUCUGGUUUCUUGACCAUGAGGAUUUACCUUCAUCUGCAGCUAUCAAGUAAAAACAAUAAUGUUCAUCUGUAAUCGGGUCACAUCUGUUGCGCUGCUUAGAAUUAAAUGUCAAUGGUGUCAAUGUC